CGAUACCACCAUGACCAGACUCUUAAAGAAGCGAAGUGUGAGCAGUGCUGAGAUAGAGGUGCAGAGUGUAAAGGUGAACUGCAAAGUGACGUCCCGUUUCGCCCACACCGUCAUGACCACUAAAGCUCUUAAUAAGGCCAACGUCUCACAGGAAGUGUUCUUUGAGGUGGAGUUACCCAAGACAUCCUUCAUCACCAACUUCAGCAUGGAGAUUGAUGGCAAGAUGUACACAGGUGUGGUGAAGGAAAAAGAGAAGGCCCAGCAGCAGUAUCAGAGGGCUGUUUCCUCAGGCCGGACUGCUGGUUUAGUCAAGGCUUCGGGUAGAAAAAUGGAGAAGUUUUCUGUUUCAGUGAAUGUUGCAGCAAACAGCAGUGUCACGUUCAUUUUGACCCAUGAGGAACUUCUUCAGCGGCGGUUUAGCAAAUACGAGCUAAUGAUCAGAGUCAAACCCAAACAGCUGGUCCAGCACUUUGAGAUUGUGGCAGAUAUCUACGAGCCUCAGGGAAUUGCAUUUGUGGACGCCUACGGUACAUUCAUCACCAAUGAACUGCUGCCUCUAGUGGACAAAACUGUCACCGAUAAGAAGGCCCAUGUGUCUUUCUCUCCAACACUGGAUCAACAGAGGAAAUGCAUUGAGUGUGACGGUACACUCAUUGAUGGAGAUUUCUUCAUUAAGUAUGAUGUCAAUCGUCCUCAUGACAUCGGGGACAUCCAGAUUGUGAAUGGAUACUUUGUCCAUUUUUUCGCACCAGCCAAUCUUCCGCGAGUGCCAAAGAUGGUUGUUUUUGUGAUAGACAACAGUUACUCUAUGGUGGGAAAUAAAAUGGCACAGACAAAAGAAGCUUUGGGGACCAUUCUGGGUGAACUCCCUGAAGACGACUACUUUGCGAUCAUAGUCUUUUCCACCACUUUUGUUGUAUGGCGGCCAUAUUUAAGCAAAGCAACUGCGGAAAAUGUGAAAGAAGCCCAAGAAUAUGUCAAAACAAUUGAAGUUAUUGGUAGUACAGAAUUGCAUGAUGCGACAAUACAUGGUGUGGAAAUGCUGUACGCAGAACAGAGAAAUGGUACAGCGCCAAAGAAUAUGGUACUGAUGAUGCUCUUGCUGACUGAUGGACAACCAAACCAAUACCCGAGAUCUCUUCCUGAGAUCCAAGAGAGCAUUCGCAAAGCCAUUGAUGGCAACAUCACUCUAUUCGGUUUGGCCUUCGGUAAUGAUGCAGAUUAUGGAUUUUUGGAUACGUUAAGCAAGCAAAACAAUGGCAUUGUUCGCAGAAUUUAUGAGGACUCGGAUGCUCCGCUUCAGCUGAAGGGAUUUUAUGAAGAAGUGUCAAGUCCUCUAUUGUCAGAGGUGAAUUUUCACUAUCCGGACAACACCGUUAACUCAUUGACAAGAAGUCAUUUUAAACAGCUAUUCAACGGCUCUGAAAUCAUGGUUGCCGGUCGACUUAAUGACUUAAAUGACAUAAACGACUUCGACAUUGAAGUGUCUGCACAAGGGUUUGACAACAAUUUUGAGAUCAAAGGUCAGGCAAAUGCACAAAAGUGGGAUACAAUCUUUCCUGACGACGAAUACAUCUUUGGGGACUUCACCGAGCGUCUCUGGGCAUAUCUGACCAUCCAGGAGCUCUUGGAAUCGAAAGACAAGGGAACACCAGAGGAGAAAGGCAAUGCCACUGCUGAUGCUUUGAGCCUUUCAUUAAAGUACAACUUUGUUACACCUCUUACCUCCAUGGUCGUUACUAAACCAGAAGAUGAAUUCAAAAGCGACACAUUAAUUGCUGACAAGCUGACUGAAGAGGAACGUGGAAAAUUUCAGAGAUAUGGUUACUCAGCCAUGCCAGUCAGCUCACAUGCACCUACAUAUUAUGUUGAUGGAGAUCCACAUUUCAUCAUUGAGCUGCCAGAUAAGAAUGAUGCUCUGUGCUUCAACAUUGAUGACGAACCUGGUACCAUCUUCAACCUGGUUAAAGACCCGCUUACAGGUAUUGUGGUCAAUGGCCAAACCAUUGGUGAUAAGAAAGUCAUUCCAGGGGAAAAGGUAAACACCUAUUUUGGGCGCUUUGGGCUCAUUCAUGAGAAGUUUGAUAUCAGAAUGAUGGUGAGCACAAAGGAAAUCUCAGUGACCGAGAAAGGAAAACAUGCAAAACUCUUCUGGGCUGAAGCUGCCACGGUGAAAGGGCCCAACAUGGAUCUGCAGGUGAACAAAGAUCGUAGUUUAACAGUGACUUUGAGAAAUUCUGUCAAGUUUCUUAUCAUCCUGCACAAAGUCUGGAAGAAGCAUCCAUAUCAUCAAGACUAUCUUGGCUUCUACACCUUGGACAGUAACCUCUUUUCAAGCAAUGUCCAUGGCCUGCUUGGUCAGUUCUACCAUGGACUGGAAUUUCAAGUGGGUGAACCAUUUCCAGGAAAGGAUCCAAACAAAGUGGAUGCCAUCAUGUUUGUGAAAGGACAAGAGCUUGUAGUUACCAGGGGUUUGCAGAGAGAUUUCAGGCAGGAUGUGAAAAACGGAGAACAAGUGCCCUGUUGGUUCAUUCAUAAUAAUGGCACUGGACUGCUUGAUGGAGUUCUUACAGACUACAUCGUCUCUGGUCUAUUCAAGUCAAUUUAAGAACAAGUCAUCUCCAUCAAAAUAAUUAAGCCAUCCGCCUUUAAAUGCAAUUUUAAAACAUCAUUUGUGUUUGGAACUAGUAUUAUGAGAUCGCAAUCAUUCAACAUACAGCAAAACUGAAAUAAGUGACUUGUUUUUACUACACAUAUUUUUAAAAUAUAUAUACCAGCCAAGCUUCUUCGCUUUCAAUUCUCUGAGAAAGACACUGUAUGGUUUGUAUUUUAAUUAAAAAAGAAAUGUCAAACA